UCUUGGAAGAAAUAUGAAAUUCUAUAGUUAAACAUGAACGAAACUACCCCACUCUCCACUUACUCUUGCGCUACUCUCAUGGUCUAUAAAGAUCCGUUUUGCGUCUUAUGAAAUAAUUCUUUCGUGACCGUGAAGUAGAAAACUCUUCUAAAGAUUGGUGUGUUCCUCAAUAUUCAAGAACUAUGGAGUGCAAUAUAAUUCUAGUGACUCUUGUGACACUAUUAGUAGCAGGAUACUUAUAUGUGAAGAAAAAGUUUCAGUAUUGGGAAGCCCGAGGACUCCCUUACGUGAAACCUAAAUUUCCGUUUGGCAUUCUUGGGGGCGUAGGCAGUACUAAGCACUCAAGUGAAGUUUUUACAGCAGCUUAUCAAGAACUCAAAGGCAGAGGACCUUUUGGAGGUGUCUUUUUCUUCACAAAACCCGUUGUUAUGCCUACGGAUUUGGAUCUUCUGAAGAAUAUCUUCAUUAAGGAUUUCCAGUAUUUUUACGAUAGAGGAUUCUAUGUUAAUGAAAAAGAUGAUCCUUUAUCUGGUCAUCUGUUUGCCUUAUCUGGACCACGUUGGAGAAAUUUGAGGAAUAAAUUGAGCCCUACUUUCACAUCAGGAAAAAUGAAGAUGAUGCACAAUACAAUUGUAGCUGUUGCCAUGGAGUUCAGAAAUUAUUUAGAACCAUUUGCCGACAAGAAGGAAGUAAUUGAAAUUAAGGAUAUAAUAUCUCGAUAUACGACUGAUGUUAUCGGUAAUUGUUCCUUUGGAAUUGACUGUAAUAGUUUAAAAGAUCCUGAUACAGAGUUCCGCAGGAUUGGAAAGAGGGUCUUUGAAUUUUCAUCUAUUGAGUUUAUACGGAUAUUCUUCAUGGUAAUGUUCCAAGACUUGAGUCGGUUGAUGAAAAUGAAAAUCAAUAAACCAGAAGUGGCUGAAUUCUUCAUGAGACUCCUCAAAGAAACCACUGAGUAUCGUGAGAGAAACGCAAUAAAGAGGAAUGAUUUCCUCUCACUUUUAAUGCAGAUCAAGAAUACCGGAAAACUUGAAGGUGAUGAUACGGAUUUGGGAAAAAUGACCUUUGAAGAAUUGGCCGCACAAACAUUCCUUUUCUUUAUUGCGGGUUACGAAACCCCUUCAUCUACAAUGACACUUGCUCUUUAUGAACUAGCACUUCAUCAGGAUAUUCAGGACAGAGCCAGAGAGGAAGUCAACGGUAUUUUGAAGAAAUACAACGGAGAAUACACUUACGAAGCCUGUAUGGAAAUGAAGUAUCUGGAUCAGAUAAUCAAUGAGACUCUAAGGAAGCAUCCUAUAGUGGACAACCUAUUUAGAGUUUGCGGUCAGGAUUAUCAAGUCGCUGGUUCACCACAUAUAAUUGAAAGGGGAACUAUAGUUGUUAUUCCAAUUUAUGGAAUUCAUCGUGAUCCAGAAAUCUAUCCCGAACCAGAAAAGUUUGAUCCGGAUAGGUUUGGAGAGGAGAACAUUAGGGACCGUCAUCCUUUUGCCUGGAUUCCUUUUGGUGAGGGCCCUAGGAUUUGCAUCGGAAUGCGAUUCGGUGUUAUGCAAACUAGGAUUGGAUUAGCAUGCUUGCUUUCAAAAUACCGAAUAAAAACGUGUCCUAAGACACCAAUUCCUUUGGUUAUAGAUCCUACCAGUACUGUUAUGGCCCCUAAAGAUGGAAUGUGGUUGGAAAUAGAAAAAAUUUAGUUUUGAUUAACAUAGUAUUAAAAAGGAGUAAAUACUUAAAAAAAAUAACAAAAAAUAUUAAAUUUUUAAUCUCUUCUGUAUUCUUAAAUAAUUACUUGAAAUAAUAAUAAAGAAAUAAUAUAAAAACAUCAGUAAAAUUAUAUUACAUGCGCAUGUAUUUACUAAUUAGCUUUAUUUUCUCACCGUGACUGUUUGAUAUAAGCUUUAACAUGCGUUUAUGUCAAGAAUAGUACCCUACAAUAAUAUUUGAUCGUUUUCUUAAUGAGCACGUAAAAAUAAUACUGAAGUAAUUUUAAAAUUUAAAUAAUUUUGAUUUUCCACUUAAGCUCUGUUCUGGAAAAUUUGCAUAUAAAAUUGAGAUAAUUGAAACAUUUUUUUUAGAGUUUUAUUUUUCUUGUUGUAAAUAAACUAUUCACUUUAUUGUAAAAACAAGACAGAAUAAAGAAAUAUGCAAAAUGUU